AUGUUUGAAGGUGUUGUGAACUACUGCAGUUUUCAUGGUAAUGUCAUACCAUUAUCAUUCGUGCUGGGUUUCUAUGUAACAGUUGUAAUGAACCGAUGGUGGAAUCAAUACACGACGAUUCCUUGGCCUGAUUCAAUAGCGGUGUUUGUUUCUGCGUCUAUUCAUGGCCAGGAUGAAAGAGGCCGUCUGAUGCGACGAACAAUACUUCGAUAUGUGUGCCUUUGUCUUACCAUGGUGCUCACAAUGAUAUCACCAAGGGUUAAAAAGCGCUUCCCGACCCUCGACAACCUAGUCGAGGCGGGCCUCCUAAUAGACAACGAAAAGAGUAUAUUAGACAAUUUAAAUCAAAAGUUUCCUAAACCCUCCAAGCAUUGGUUGCCGAUUGUAUGGGCUACCAGUAUUGUGACGAGGGCGCGGAAAGAAGGACGUAUAAGGGACGAUUUCGCUGUUAAAACGAUUAUAGAUGAAUUGAAUAAGUUUAGAGGGCAAGCGGGGUUGCUACUCAGUUAUGAUACAAUCAGUGUACCCCUUGUUUAUACGCAGGUAGUAACUAUAGCUGUAUACUCAUACUUCAUAACUUCAGCAUUGGGUAGCCAAUGGGUAGACCACAAAUUGCAGUCCCAUAGUGAAUCAGUCUAUAUAAGUAACAUAGACCUGUACUUUCCCAUAUUUACAACGUUAGAAUUCUUCUUCUACAUGGGAUGGCUUAAAGUCGCCGAGUCACUGAUAAAUCCCUUUGGAGAAGAUGAUGAUGACUUUGAAGUUAACUGGCUGAUUGACAGAAAUUUGCAGGUAUCAUAUAUGAUCGUCGACGAAAUGCACCAUGAGCAUCCAGAAUUAGUUAAAGAUCAGUACUGGGACGAGGUGUUCCCAUCGGAACUGCCGUACACCAUAGCAACAGAGAACCAGCGUGAAGAGCAUCCAGAACCUUCGACGGCCCGCGUGGCUGUCCCACUACGCCAACGGAGUAUGGUCACAGUAAACCCCUCGAGUGUGAAAAUUGACGAGAUGAUGCCAUCUAACACCGUGAGUUACAAGUUCGCUCCACCCGAGCAAUUACAAAUGAGUGAUGACGCGCAAUCCGGCAUUCACUUUAUGGUCACAAGAGGAAGUAAACGGGGCAAGAGAGAUGAGAGGAACUCCAUGGGAUCCAGUAAUUCCAUGGUGUCCCUUCAGCAGCCAAUGACAAGAACAAAUUCAGUUACGUCUAUGCUUAAACGGCUGUUCUCAAAAGACGAUCAAAGAACGGUGGUGCCGUCACAGACUGAUGGUGUUGGCAGGUUCAUGGUAUCAGCAAGCAAUCCAACGUUGAACAAACCAGCAGCCGCCAUGAGCGGAAGUAUGAAGAUAGCGAAUGAUGUUAUUGAAGAAGUGGAUGAACAGGCCACAAUCACUAGUAUGGGGAAGCGACCGGAGACCCGGCCGACGGCGAUGAGUCUUUUCGCCCAAGGGCCACCGACACCAAGUAAUCCCGUCACCGUGCCUUCAAGGAACACUAGCAAUGGUCCAACUGACAGUCGUUUAUCAACAUCAGCGCCAUCUCAAUGGGCGAGAGAGGAAUCAAAUGAAGGGACCAAAAGUCCAGCCAAGAGUCUGUCUGCGACUUCCUUCCCAGAUAUGGAACGGCCUAGACUUGAUAGCGAUGUUGGGCCAUCGCUCAGUGCUGCUGGCAGUCAAACAUUGUUGGAUGAAGUCGACGCUGGUGAUGUCGAUGAAGACUUUAACAGGCUUCGCAGUGUAAGGGAACAACAUCGCAAAGACAAAUACCUACAGAGGCUUAUGGCUAGAUCAGUCAGCGCACAACAGCAAACUGGAAGUGGUGAGGUGCUGGAUACAGACUUGUUGCUAGAAGAAUUAAUGAAAAUGCAAGCUAAGUUGACUCAAGAGGAGAAUAUCAAAGAAAACAAGCCUGAUGAUAAAAAUGCAACUUGA